GCAUUGUUGCAUACCACCACUAACUUGCUUCACCCCGCAUUCCCACAUUUUUACUCCACUCGACACCAUCUUCCUUGUAGACUUUGAACAACAUCCCGACACACACACACGGCCAACGCCCGACGCGUUGCCCUCGUCACACACGGCCACGCCGGCACCCCUCCCAUCACACCGCGUCCCGACGCGUGGGACGACUUAUCCACAAUGGCACGCAGUACCCUCCCCCUCGCUCUCCCCUUCACCAUGCCCCUCCCAAGGCGGCUCAUGAUGCUCAUCGGCAUCACAGUCACCGUCUUCCUCAUCCUGCACACCUUCGCCCCCGCCGUGCUCCCCCCAGCCCUGGUCCCCUGGAUCCCCCACCACGAGCCAGACUCGUCGUACUGGUCGACCAACAACUGGACCCCGCCAGUACUGAGUGACACGCGGCCCGACAAGAUCAAGGAGUGGGACGAGAACGGUCGCUGUCUCUUCGUCUCGCCAUUCGACGCCCUCUCGCCUAAGGAGAGGAAGCUCGCCGCCACCCUCAGCCUCGAGGAGGUUGUCCCUGGCAUCUUUGGCGUGCGCGGCGCCGGCAAGACCGAGUCGGACGCCAACGGCACCGUCUCAAAACUCGAGACCCCUAACCCCAUCCUCGCGCUCCUCAAGGAGGGAGAGGAGAAAUGGCAGAAGCUGGUCAACCGCCAGAGCAAGACCCUCGAGCAGGCUGUCAAGGUGUACGAGGAGCGGUGGGGCCGCCCGCCCCCCAAGGGCUUUGAUGACUGGUGGCGCUUUGCGGAGCAGCACGAGGUCAUGCUUCCUGACGAGUACGACGCGAUCAUGGAGAGCCUCAUGCCCUUCUAUGGUCUCCCGAUUGGCACCCUCAAGGAGCGCGAAGAGGACGCCGAGAAGGUCGUCGAGACCUUUACGCUUAUCAUCGGACCCAACGACAAGGGCGAGCAGUCCGUCGAGCUCCAGUGGAACGACGACUAUGCUCGUGACACCUGGUGGGCGUCGCGCGGUCGCGCCGAAUCUCAGAUUGAGCUCAUGGAGCCGUUCCUUCACAUGCUACCGAAGAUGAGGACCACUUUCUCGAUCCACGACCAGCCGACCAUUCUCCUUGACUACCAGCGUAACCAGGAGCUCCUCAAGGCUGCGGAGGCACACCAGGUGUCCACACAUCCCAACGAGGAGGACCGCCAUGAGCAAGUCUACGAGAGGGCAUGCUCGCCUACGUCGCGUCUCAAGAUGGGCGACAAGGACCAGCUCCAGGGCGACACCUUCAUCUUCAAGCACCUGGCUGCGAUGAACCCCUGUGACCACCCCUCGCUCCUCGACACGCACGGCAUGUUCCUGGAGAAGCACAAUGAGGGCACUCACCCCCAGCCCCACACCAAGCUCCUCCCCCUGUUUGUUCCCUCAAAGACCAUCCUCAACGGCGACAUUCCAGUCACCCCCAUUGGCAAGGACGGCCGCCGUGACGACGUCGGCCCAGACCCCAAGUGGACCAGCAAGAAUGGCAAGGUCUACUGGCGUGGUCUUGCCACUGGAUUGAACAAGAAUAAGAAGGAGGGUUCCCGCUGGCGCGAAAGCCACCGCGAGCGUCUCCACUUCCUCGCCAACGAGAAGGACAAGGACAAGACGGCCGAGAUUCUCGAGCCCAUCGAGUCGAGCGGUAUGGCUCGUUACAAGAACUACACGCUCCGCUCCCUCGGGCAGUACUACAUGAACGCCAAGCUUGCCGACCAACCGUGGCAGUGCGACGGCAACGACGGCACCUGCGACGAGAUGAAGGCCGAGAUUGACUUUGCGCCCAAAGACCCGUCAGAAAAGUCCAACGAGUACAAGUAUAUCCUUGAUGUUGAUGGCAACGCUUGGAGCUCGCGUUUCCCUCGUCUCAUGGCCAGCUUGAACGUCGUCAUCAAGUCGACCGUCUUCCCCGAGUGGAACUCUCACUUCCUACCCGAGUGGUACGCCUACGUCCCCACCAAGGUCGACUACUCGGACCUCUACUCGAUCAUGAGCUUCUUCCGCGGCAAGCCUAACGGCAAGGGCUCGCACGACGAGGUGGCCCGCCGUAUUGCCCUCAACGGUCAAUGCUGGGUGGAGCGCACCUGGCGUCGUCAGGACCUGCAGGCGUACAUGUUCCGCCUGUUCCUCGAGUACGGCCGCCUUAUUCACCCCGACCGCGAUAGCGGCGUCAUGGACUUUGUGCUCCAGGACUACCACAAGGACAACAAGGAGCCCGAGCACGAGCACAAGGAGGGCGAGAAGAAGGAGGGCGAGAACGCGGCCGACGAGCUCAACAAGGAGGAGGCCAUCCCCGGCAUCGAGUCGUAAACAAGACCUUGCGGCGUUGCGCACGCCAGGAGGCACAUUUCUAGACUGCAGGUGUUACACCUGUCCAUUGUACCACUAGUCGGCUUGGCUGCAAGCUGGCAUCAUCAUACCCUUCCAUCAUAGGCUGUGUGUCAUGCACGCAUACAUCUGA